AUGAAAUUAUUCUUCUUUUCCUUUGCGUUGGUUUACCUCCUUCUGGUAAACAAUGUCAACUGCCUCUUCAAGAAUGCGAUCAGCGGGUUUUACUGCAACGAUGAGAACUGCUACGGUAUUUUAGGUGUCAGCGAAACAGCGAGCAUGAACGAGAUCAGGUCGGCUUACCACAGGCACCUGAUGAACCUGAAAAAUAACUAUGACUCGGAAAAGAAGAAAAAAAUUGUCAAGGCAUACCUCGUCCUGGCCAACAAACGAACGAGAAAGUAUUAUGAUUAUUAUUUGAAAAACCCAAACAGUAUUCUCAAUGUGAUAUACUUCAUUUUUUAUUGUGUGUUGAAGCUCAUAAAGGUGAUAAUCGCGUUGAUAAUUAUUGGAUUCCUGCUAUGUGGCUUCCAAUAUUUCAACAAUAAGUAUGAAAUGAAGAGGCGGGUGCAGAAAUUGUCCAAAAAUAAAGCUUUUAAGAAGGAGGUGCAAAAUAGGAUAGGGUCACAGCAUCCUGAUUUCCGCACGUAUGACAUGGCAAUGAAGAGGAAGGUAGAAGAAGACAUCGAAAUUGAAGUGGCACACGAGAUGGGACUUAUAUACAAGAAAAAGGAAGAGAAGUUUCCCUUCUCUGACUUAAUAAUCGUUAAGCUGUUGCUUCUUCCGAAACAAAUUAUCUGCUAUAUGCUCUGGAACGUUAAGUGGUUGAUAAAGUACCACAUUUUGAAUGACGAAUAUGACGAGAGUGACAAGUUAUACAUUACGAGGAAGUGCCUGAACAUUCCUGCCCAUAGGUGGGAUGCCCUCUCGGAGGAGGAUAAGAAAAUGCUUUUGAAAAAGCAGCUGUGGGUGAAGGAAAUUCAGGACGAGUUUUUUGAAGAACAGAUGGAGAAGGAGCGACUGAGCAAGAUCUCCAGCGCAAAGUAUAAGAAGCAGGUGCGGAUGAAGAAGAAGGGAAGCAGCUUUAACUACAACGAUUAG